AGGAGAGCUUACACGCGGCACGCCACAGGAAACGAAAGUUAAGUUAGUCAGAGAGGCAGCCACACUGCAGUCGAGACUAGUCUCCUUUUCUGUCUAAAGAAAAUACAAACUGAGUUCAUCAGAUCUUUCUCAACAACACAGCAGAGUCUCUGUCAAACACUGAUAUGGCUAGCUGUCUUCUAUCAGAAGAUCAGUUUCUCUGCUCCGUCUGUCUGGAUUUGUUCACUGUUCCAGUCACUAUACCAUGUGGACACAACUUCUGCAAGAACUGCAUCACUGAACACUGGGAUACAAGUGAAAAGUGCCGGUGUCCCUUGUGUAUGGAGGCGUUUACCAUAAGACCUGGUUUGAGAGUCAACACUUUACUUUCUGAAACGGUUGCUAAGUUCAUAGAGGAAGCUAAACAGGAAGCUGAACAGGAAGCUAGAAGCAGCAGCAGCUCAGAGCAACAAGUCUUCAAACCAGGGGAAGUUCCCUGUGACAUCUGCACUGAAACCAAACUGAAGGCCCUGAAGUCCUGCCUGGUGUGUCGGACCUCAUACUGUGAGACUCACCUGGAGCCUCAUCUGACAGCCUCAGGCCUGAAAAGACAUCAGUUGAUCGACCCUGUGGAGAAGCUGGAAGACAGGAUGUGUCCGAAGCACGAUAAACCUCUGGAGCUGUUCUGUAAGACCGACCAGACAUGUGUCUGCAUUCUCUGCCAUGUUUCAAACCACAAGAUGCAUGAUGUGGUUCCUCUGAAAGAAGGAUAUGAUGAAAAGAAGGCAGCGAUGGUGAAGGCAGAUGCUGAAUCUCAGCAGAUGAUCCAGACAAGAAGAAAGAAGAUCAAGGAGUUCAAAGAAUCAGUUGACUUGAGUGAAAAAGAUGCAGACAGAGAGAUAACAGAAGGUGUUCAAGUAUUAACUGCUCUGAGGGAGUCUGUUGAGAGAGGACUGAACCAACUUAUCGACACGGUUAGAAUGAAGCAGAAAACAACAGAAAAACAGGCCAAGACUUUCAUCAAAGACCUAGAGCAAGAAAUCUCUACGCUGAAAAAGAGAAGCGCUGAGAUAGAGCGUCUUUCACACUGUGAUGAUCACCUUCAUUUUCUCCAAGGUGUCCAGUCCCUAAAAAUCCAACACCGACCACCCACCAAGAACUGGACAAAUAUCAGCUUUCAUCCAUCAUAUGAGGGCAGUGUGAGGAGAGCUGUGGCUGAGUUGAAAGACUCAAUAAGUGCCCCCGUAACACUGACUUUUGACCGCCCUGUGAAAAUGAAAAAAAUGAAGAAAAAAAAACCUUUCCUGGCUGACGGAAUAGGCGGAACUAACGCGAUUCUAGUCUGACCCAUUAGAGCGUAAAAACUGUAACUAUAAGUAUCUGAAACAAAUAUCAAUAACUGUAUUGCAUUGUUUUCUUAUGCGCAAUUACUUAAUACUAGGGGUGUAACAGUUCACAAACAUUUCGGUUCGGUACGUACCUCGAUUUUUAGGUCACGGUUCGGUUCGGUACGUUUUCG